AUGGGCUCGGUAUCCCAAAAAGACUUCACGGCACGUCUGGCGGGGCGUCUCGUCAACGAAUAUCCUGCCGACCAGCGCGACCAAAUGAAAGAAUGCUACGGCUUCGUGGAAAGAGUAUUUGGGGAGAAUGGCGACGCUUUCAUAUACAAAGAUCAGCGCGGAGCUCUGAUGGGACCCUUUCCCACGAUCGCAUACGAUGCCCGAAUGGCUCCAGCGUUUCUGCAGAUCAUGGCCGGCAUAGCAAAACUAGGGGUUCCUUCUGAUGUUCAGGAGGUCGUUGUUUUGGCAGUGGCGGCCAAACACCAGGCCGGGUACGCGCUCUACAGUCACGGCGCAUCGGCAAAGAAAUCAGGAAUUCUCAGCUCCACAGAGGUCGAUCUCCUCAGCCAGGGCAGGAAACCACCGGGCUUGAAUAAGCGCUGCAGCGUAGCGUAUGACGCGAUGCGACACCUGCUGUACAUCCCUGGUCCGAUGCCCCAGGAACAUUGGGACAAGCUGUUGGAAUGCUUCGGCAAGGACGCAACGAUCGGGUUUGUGCACUGUGUUGGCUUUUUUUGUUAUAUGUCCAUGGUGCUAAACGCGACCGACGCACCUGUGCCCCAAUAA